UACUGUUCGCAGGGGUCCAUCCCCUUCCCAUUGCACAUACAAGCGUCUCGUGCAUGACGCGUAUAGAGCGAACAGAGGCUUAAAGCGCUUCCUUUCUCCUUGGAGCUUCCAUUGAUCAUCUUUUCGUCUAUCAGUUCGGUCGAGUCGGCGCUCGAGACAGUGGUGCUCCGCGGUUCGGUCAUAUGCGAGGCUAACAGUAUUUUCGCUUUUAUCCUUUCAUUGUCUCCACGCCGCGUAUAGUUUUCCUGUGCCCAGUUUUCCAACCAUCCGGCAGUCGCAUUUUCCUGCAUUUAGAAGCCGCAACGAUGAAACUACUAUCGGCAUUCACGCUGGUGCUUGCGUUCGCCACCGUGGCGCUUGCAGAGGAAGAGGUCAAAACCGAAGAUGGAGUGUUGGUUCUGACUAAGGACAACUUCGAUUCGGUCAUCGCCAACAACGAGUUCGUGCUAGUGGAAUUCUACGCUCCAUGGUGUGGACAUUGCAAGGCUUUGGCUCCUGAAUACGCCAAGGCUGCUAAGGUGCUAGCGGACAAGGAAUCCACCAUCAAGCUUGCCAAGGUGGACGCCACUGUCGAGCCAGAAUUGGCCGAGAAGUAUGGAAUCCGUGGAUAUCCGACACUGAAAUUCUUCCGUAGUGGAUCGCAAGUCGAUUACACUGGUGGACGCGAACAGGAUACGAUUGUGUCGUGGUUGGAGAAGAAAACUGGUCCUGCUGCUAAGGAGCUGGAAACGGUCGAAGCUGCAGAGGAAUUCCUGAAGGAAAACAAUGUAGCCGUUGUUGGAUUCUUCAAGGAUCGCGAAUCGAAGGAAGCCAAGGCAUUCAUGUCGACUGCCGUCGCCGUAGAUGACUAUCCGUUCGGAGUGACGAGCAGCGAGGAAGUGUACGCCAAGUACGAAGCCAAGUGUGGCUCGGUGGUGCUGUUCAAACAUUUCGAUGAAGGCAAGGCUGUAUUCGAAGGUGAAGCUACCGAGGAGGCACUGAAGAAGUUCGUCACUGCUCAGGCACUGCCACUGAUUGUUGACUUCAGCCACGAAACGGCCCAAAAGAUCUUUGGUGGAGAAAUCAAGAGUCACCUGCUGUUCUUCAUCUCGAAGGAAGCGGGACACCUGAAGGAGUUCGUUGAACCAGCGAAGGAAGUGGCUAAGAAGUUCCGCGAACAGAUCCUGUUCGUUACGAUCGACGCUGACCAGGAGGACCACACCCGUAUCUUGGAGUUCUUCGGCAUGAAGAAGGAUGAAGUUCCGUCGCUACGCAUCAUCCGCUUGGAGGAAGACAUGGCCAAGUACAAGCCCGAAACGAAUGAUCUAUCGGCCGACAAGAUCCUUGAGUUCGUGCAGUCGUUCCUGGAUGGCAAGGUGAAGCAGCAUCUGCUGUCCCAGGAUCUGCCAGAGGAUUGGGAUAAGGAGCCAGUUAAGGUGCUGGUGGCCACAAAGUUCGAUGAGGUAGCGUUCGAUGAGACCAAGGAUGUGUUGGUUGAAUUCUAUGCUCCGUGGUGCGGCCACUGCAAACAGCUCGUACCCAUCUAUGACAAGCUUGGAGAGAAGUACAAGGACAGCGACAGUGUAGUCAUCGCCAAGAUCGAUGCCACCGCCAACGAGCUCGAACAUACCAAGAUUUCAUCGUUCCCGACCAUCUACCUGUACCGAAAGGGUGACAACGAGAAGGUUGAAUUCAAGGGCGAGCGCACGCUGGAAGGUUUCGUUAAGUUCCUAGAAGGCGGAAAGGAUGAGCAGCCAGAGGAAGAGGAGAAGGAAGACACACCGACGAAGGACGAGCUAUAAGCGAAGGAAGAGUGGGCCUUAAAUAAGACGAACACCAUCAGUGUCUGCCCGCAAACGUUAAGCAACACGCCGAGAAAAAAAGAAUGGGGAGAAAACAAAAGAAAAUGCAUUAAUACCGUAAUAAGCUACACAAAUAUUCUAAGUCCAAAAUCACACCAUCAACAAAAUAUGGCAAACAUGUUUCCGUGUAACGUGUAAUUCGUUAUGUCGCAAAUGUACGUGAGUGAAACCUCCAAAUUGCAGAUUCAAUGAGAAGAGAAAGCGUGUGCAUAAUAGUAAUGUAAAACUUCGCAAAGAGACUGUAAUAUACUAUAUUUUAUGAUGGAACCUGUAGGACGUUAGACGAAGCGAUAUAGAUAAAUUACACAAAUUCCAACAUCCAACAUGCGGGCGCGAUUCAAGAUCUCUACCUUCCUUACAAUAGUUCGUUUUGUGCAGUCACCUUCCUUUCCUUACGGAUAUCGUUUCUUCCUUAGUUGCGAGGCUGAACGAAAGAUGGACUGCACAGGCAGUCCGUUGCUAAAGAAAUCUUGCAAACAUAGGCCGAUUGGAUAGUAGGAAAAGAUCGCUACCCCAGGCCAAAACGAGCGAAACCAAUAUUGCGUUGAUGUAUGAAUUCCAAUUUGCAACAAAAUUCCGAAGCAGUAGGGAAACAAAUAGUAGAAAAGUAUACAAAACCAUUGCAUUUCAUAAGAUCCUUCGUUAAGAGCACGCCGAGAAAUGAAUGUUAUAUUAACAUUAGAAGCCCCAAUCUUCAUCGAUUUUCCGCGAUGGUAGAAAAGGGCAGAUGAAAUCUUCCUGCACGUAAGAAAAAAGCAGAAUCCACAUUCACACACAAACAAUACACAAACGACAAAACAUGUAACACUCGAGGCAUUAAAAUGAAAACUUAACAAAAAAAAAAACUCACAUAAAGCGGGUCUUUUCCUUUUCCUACCGAUUUGUAAUUGCUGUUUUCGUUUUAAAUUGGUCUAACAUUCCUUCGGAAAAGUAUUCAUCAUGACUCUGUGCUGGUAUCCUAACAACAUCUUCCACGUUUAAAUACAUAGUUUAUGUUAAAUAUUUGUGAGAGAUCGUAUUGCUAUUAAACCGUAUAGUAAUAAUAAAAAAAGCUGUUAGAGCUCAUUAA